AUGUCAGAAUCUGAAAGUGUAAGCUGAGUGGGUGAAAUCACCAAACGGGUCAAGACUUUGUUCGCUGGUGACUCAGAAACUCAAGCUUCUGCUGAAGCAGACCUUCAAUCUCGCGAAGAUCAUAAAGAUAAUUCAGAACAUGCCAAGCACGAUCAAGCUCCAACAAAUAGUUGCCAAAAUGAAGAAGUUAAAGAAGAGCUUAAAGAAGAACUCAAAGAAGAGAUCAAGGAAGAAGCUAAAGAUGAUGCCAAGUCUGUGUUCUUGACUGAAACCGAAGAGCAAAAAGAAGCUCGUCAGCAACACGAAGCCAUCUUCAACUCUAUCAUAGACACCGUUCAAACCGACUACGAUGAACAGACAGCCACUGAGCUGUACUCGGUCAGAGGCAUGAACAACCUGGGCAACACCUGAUUCUUCAAUUCGGUGAUGCAGUGUCUCAACUCAACCAAAGACUUGUACUUCAUGAUGAUGGAUCGCUCCAAUGGCUGCUACGGGAAAGGGUACCCAGUCAAUAACCAGUUCAGAAAGUACCUUAGCGGCAUGCGCAAGAAAGACAGCAAAGCCAUAACUCCCAGAGGCAUGCUCAAUGCUGUUGCAAGAAAGUACCCUCGCUUCGGUAAUGGAAGCCAGCAAGACUCUCACGAACUGCUGAUCAACUUGCUUGACUUGCUCGACAGCGAAGCAACAAAGAAACACAAAAGAAGCAUUGUAGACAAAGUGUUUGGAGGCACGUUCUGAAACUCUGUGUUGUGACUCAGUUGUAAAUAAUGUGUCAAGGACUGUCCAAAGAUUCACUGACAUCAUUCUGGAUCUGAACUUUCAGAGUGGACAAGGCCACAGGCAACACCACAACUACAACAGUUCAGGAUACAGCUACUAUCCACGAAAGCUGACUAAGAGAGAGCGGAAACGUCAGAAAAACAAGAAAGGGAGAAAGGGCAAAAACAAGAAUAAGAACAAGUACUUCCAGCAGCACAACCACUCGACUCCAGCUCCAACUGAGGUGGUUGCUCCAACAAAGAAGACCAAGACUCUGGUGGAAUACCUCUUGACUGAAGACGACUUGGCAUCCCAGGAGUCUGCUGUUGACGGAAUGGUUUACUAUAAAAUCAGACAGGAUCAGACCAUUCUAGAGCUGCAUCCAGAACAAGCCGAGCAAGAUGCAGAAGGAGACGACGAAGAUGGAGAAGACUCUUUGCCUGAGCUUGUUGACGCUCCUGUUGAUUCUCCAGCGGAAGAAAUUAUCAAAGAGCAUAAUGAUGACAAAGAACACGAUUACGACAAAGAAAGCGAGCCUAAAGACAGUGAAGGAGAAUGGAUUGUGGUUGAUGCUGACAAACAUGACACAAAACCGGAAGAUAUCCAACAACAUCAUGAUGGAACUCUUGAACCAGCUAGCAAUGGUGAGCAACAUCAAAUUGAUCAAACUGAUCAGCAGCCAUACACCAAUGACACAGAGCACCCUCAUCAAGACACUGAAGAUGCUGACCUUAUGGCCGAUGUUGAUUGAGUUGACAAAGAUGAAGCUCAGCCUCCAGAGCAAAUAAGCGACCAAGACCAAAGUCCUAAAAGCCAGCAGAACAGCGAGGAUACAGUCGAAGUUAUUUCCAAAGAAGAACUCAAACAGCCUGAUGACUCCAAGCAAUCAUUGCCUGACCAACCCAAUGCUAACGAAGUUGAGUGAACCGAAGGAGAAGCAUUUGCCAGAUCCAAUCUUGACUUUGAUGCUUUCAACUAUUACGAGCCAUUCGAGAAACACUUGAGUCUCAAAGGCAAAGCUAAAGCUCAAUCUCUAGAUGAUGCCUUGAAGUUCUUUACUCAGAGCGAACACCUCACAGACGGCUACUACUGCCAGCAUUGCGAUGGAGGCAACUACAGUCACCCGACUAAGGCUGUCAAGCGGAUAUGCUUCUUGAAGGCGCCACAGAACCUUGUCAUCAACAUCAAGAGGUUUGUCCACUCAUCAUUCAAUGUCAGAAAAGACUCUGCUCGAGUCGAGUUUCCGCUGCGGUUUGCACUCGACAAGUUCAUGGUCAAGGAAACCCCGGUAGAUAUAGAGCUUCAGAACAACUUGGAGAGCAGCGUGCAGCCACAGAACGUGUACGAGUUAUACGGAGUAGUAUGUCACUCAGGAAGCAUGGCAGGAGGGCAUUACACUUGAUAUGUGUCGUUCGACUGUAGCGAAGGAAAAGAUUGGUACUACAUUAGUGACUCUCACUUCCAAAGUGUGUCAGAAUCAAGAGUACUAAAGUCCGAGGCAUACAUACUGUUUUACAGAAGGAUAGAAUUCGGUCAGUAA